AUGCUUCGUCUUAUUUUUCUUUUAUUCACCACAACAGUUCUUUCAAGUUCAACGUAUCGACCAGUUGUUCUUAUGCAUGGUAUUCUUUCAGGAGCUGAUGAUAUGAACGAAUUAGCUGGUUGGAUUCGAGCAUCAUUUCCUGAUAUCUAUGUCGUAUCGAUUGAAGUUGGUAACGGGGAAGAUGAUUCACUUCUAUGGCCACUAGAAAAACAAGUCGAACAUUUUUGCGCGUCUGUUCUUGCUGAUGAAAAGCUUCGUCCAGGUUUUAAUAUGCUUGGCUAUUCUCAAGGAAGUAUAAUUGUACGUGGGGCUGUUGAAAAAUGUUCAUUACCUGUUCAUAAUUUAAUAACCUUAAGCGGUAUUCAUCAAGGUGUUUUCGGUGUACCAUAUCUUCUCAAGCUUCCUGCAGAAUUCCGUGAAUUAGUGUCAAAAUAUGCCUAUGAAAGUGUAGUACAAGAUGCAAUUAGUGUACCAGGUUAUUGGCGUGAUCCCUAUCAAUUGAACAGAUAUAUAGCAGACUGCCAUUAUCUUCCCGACAUCAAUAAUGAACGUGACGCACGAAAUGAAACUUAUCGUGACAAUAUGUUGAAACUGAAUGCAUUUGUGAUGACUUACACUGAUAUUGAUGAAGUGGUUACACCAAGUCGUUCAGGUUGGUUUAUGGGCUAUGCACCGAAUACACUUGACGUUGAAACAUGGAAUAAUUCAAGGCAAUUUAAAGAAGAUCUUAUCGGAAUGAGAACAUUGCUGGAGCAAGGAAAAUUAUAUACAUUUACUUCUCAUGUACGCCAUCAAGAUGUUCCACAUGCACCAAAUCGAGAUUUUAUUAUAGAAAAUAUACUUCCUUUUUUUAACAAUACACUUUCAUAG